AGGACCUUUCUGUUGUCGUAGCUUAGUUUUAUGUUACUUUUAAAUGAAUUAAACCGCAAAAGGGACGAUGCGUUCACCUGAGAGUUUGAGAGAGUUUAUCGCCGAGCGAUUAACGGCUGCUGCCGAAGACAUUUUUGUAGUUUUUAAAAGAACUAUCGUCGAGUAUGAGGAGGAGAUCGACCGUCAGUGCAGACUGCUGGAUAUGGCAUGGAAACCUCACAUCUACCUUCAGAGAACAGAUGUUCCUCAGCAACAUGUGUUUAAGGAGGUGGAGGUUGUGGCUGAGCAGCAGCUCUGUAACCAGGAUAGGAACUCCAGCCUGGACCAACAGGAGGGAGAGCCUUCACGGAUCAAAGAAAACCAGGAGGGAGAGCAGGUCACAGUGAAGCAGGAGAUGGACACAGCCAUAUUGAGUAACCACAGUGAAGGAGAACUUCAAAAUGAACAGCAGCUUGCUAAGAACUCUGUUGUUGCUGAAGUUCAAGACACCAAAGUUAGCGAACACGUCACAGUGGGACUGACCGCUUAUGAAGAGGAAAUGUCUGUCGGUGAAGUGGAAGAGAUCGAUGGUCAGCACAAUAUAAUGGAUAUGGUCAAGAAACUGCACCUCCACCUGAACAGAAUAGCUGUGCCCCAGCAGCAUGUGCAUAAGGAGGAGGAGGAUGUGGUUGAGCAGCAGCUCUGUGACCAGGAGAGGAACUCCAGUCUGGACCAAGAGGAGCCAAAGCCUCCACAGACUAAAGAGAAACAGAAGGGAGAGCAGCUUGAAGAGAAGCAGGAGACAGACACAAUCAUGUUGACUGACCACAGUGAAGGAGAACUUCAGAAUGAACAGCAGCUCCUUUCUAAAGACUUUUACGUUGGUGGGGAACAAGACACCAAAGUCAGCAAACACGUCACAGUGGGACUGACUGCUUAUGAAGAGGAAAUGUCUGUUGGUGAGGUGGAAGAGAUCGAUGAUCAGCACAAUAUAAUGAAUAUGGUCAAGAAACUUCACAUCCACCUGAACAGAAUAGAUGUGCCCCAACAGCAUGUGCAUAAGGAGGAGGAGGUUCUAGCUGAGCAGGAGAGGAACUCCAGUGCGGACCAGGAGGGGCCAGAGCCUUCACAGGAACAGACGGGAGAGCAGCUCACUGUGAAGCAGGAGACGGACACAGCCAUGGUGGCUGACCACAGUGAAGGAGAGCUCAAAAAUAAAUGUCCACACCUUUCUAAUCACUCUCAGGCUGCUGAGAAUCAAGGCACCAAAGUAAGAGAACUCAAAGACUCAGAAUCAUCUAGAAAAACAAAACAAAAGAAAAAACAUGGAAGAAAGUUGACUAAAAGAAUAAAUCCCAAAAGAAAGACAAUAGAGAAUGACUGUAAUCGUGAACAGCAGCUUCUUCCUAGUGACUCUCAUGUUGGUGAGAAUCAAGAUGCUAAAGGGAGCGAGCACAUCCAAGAGGAAACAACCGCUGAUGAGUAUAAAGAGAUUGAUCGUCCAUGCAUACUGCUAGAUAUCGUCCGGAAACCUUGCAUCUACGUACACAGAAUGGAUGCACCCCAGCAGCAUGUGAUUAAAGAGAAGGUUGUGUCUGAGCAGCAGCUCUGUAAUCAGGAGAGGAACUCCAGCCUGGACCAAGAGCAGCCAGAGCCUCCAUUGGUUAAAGAGAACCAGGAGGGAGAGCAGCUUGAAGAGAAGCAGGAGACAGACACAAUCAUGUUGACUGACCACAGUGAUGGAGAAGUUAAAGAUAAACAGCAGCUCUUUUCUAACGACUCUCAUGUUGAUGAAAAUCAAGACACUAAAGUGAGCAAACACUUCACAGAGGGACUUUCUGUUUAUGAAGAGGAGAUGUCUGUUUAUGUGGAGAAAGAGAUCGGUGGACAGCACAAUAUGAUGCAUAUGGCCCCGACACUUCACAUUCACCUAAGAAGAACAGAUGUGCCACAGCAGCAUGUGUUUCAGGAGGAGGAAGAGGUUGUGGCUGAGCAGCAGCUCCGUGACCAGGACAGGAUCUCUUGCCUGGUGCAAGAGGAUCCAGAGCUUCUACCAAUGAAAGAGGAACAGAAGGGAGAACAGGAGAUGGACACAAUGAUCUUGACUGACCACAAUGAAAGAGUACUUCAAAAUCAACCUGUCAAAGUGAGCAAACAAGAAGAGUCCGUGUUAACUAGAAAAUCAAAUCCAAAACGAAAGAAAAUGUUUCAGGAAAGAAGAAAUCCCAAAAGGAAGACGUCAAAGAACAACUGUUAUUGUGCUCAUUAACUCCUUCCUAAUGGCUCUCAUCUUGCUUAGAAUCAAGAUCUCAAAGGAAGCACACACAAAAACUCAGAAUUAACCAGAAAACCAGAACCAAAGGAAAAGAGAAAACGUAGGGAAAUAUUUUUUUUCAUGACAGUGAGUUAAACAUCCACAUGAAAAUACACAGAGGCGAGAAACCGUGCUCCUGCAGCACCUGUGGAAAAGAAGUCUUUAGGUAGUCAAAUUUAGGUGCUCAUUAUAAUCCUCACACUGAUCAAAACAAUUAUACCUGUGAAACAUGACAAAAGAUUUGCUCAGGUGUUGAGCUUAAAUGGUCAUGAAAGAUUGCUCACAGAUGAGUGGCCGCUUACCUGUGAUAUCAUGUGAUACGGAAAAGAUUCAUGGAUUCAAAAAGCUUAAAAAUUCAUAAAAGAAGUCACACAGGGGGAAAAACAUUUCCCUGAGAAAUAUGAUUUUAGUCUUCCAGAGAAUCAUCUACCUUGCAAGACCACACAGAGAAACCAUACUCCUGCAGCAACUCUGAUCAAGUACUCUUAAAUAGAUCAAGGUUAGAUGCUCAGAUAAAAACGCCAUCUAUCUGCAAGAUUGAUGUCACGUCUUUUGGACUUGGAAAUAAAUUUGCACUACACUAGAAAAGACAUAGUUUAAGAUAUUUACUGCUGUAUUAUCUGUGGCGAGACUUUCAUGUCAGGUAGAAUUCUAGAUAGGCACAAAAUAAUCCAAGAAACUGGUAAACCUUUAGAAUAUAUGGUAUUUUAACAGUUUAUAUUUAUAUGUUAAAAUAACAUGUAAAAAAAUAAUUUUAACACUCAGUGUAUAUGGUCCCACCUGGCCCCAAUUGGUGUUCAAUUCACUCUUUCCCUAGUGUUAAAACUUUAGAGUUAAAUCAACUUAACACUCAUUUUCACUGUAGAAAACUUAACAUUGCAUGUUAAUCAUCUCUGAAGAGUGUAAAAAUGACUAAUCACCACUGUUCUCCUUUCCUAUCCUCUUACUCCUGCCUUUCCUUGACCCUGUGGGGGAUUGUGGACAGGCCUGAGGCACAUAUUUUUGCUAGAAAAGCCUGAAAAGGUGUAUUUUGCAUAAUAUAUGGCCUUUAAAAACUUAAAAAAACUACAUCAGUCCAUCAGAAACAUGAGCUAACAAUGAUGACUGUAAAACAGGCAUCAUGGGAAAAUUAUGCAAAUUUGAAAUUGUGUUCUGCAGAGUUGAACGGAUCAACCCUGAAGGCCAUUCAACUCAGAAUUGGAGUUAAAAUUACACUCAAGGAGUUAAAUCAGCUGUGGUGGGAAUUUUGUAUGUUUUGUAUAUUUUAACCUCUGAUUUAGUUAGUCUGUAGGUUUAGCUGUGCUUCUGUCUUAUUGACCAAGAAAUGACCUGGCGAAUCGUUUUUGUUCUAACUCAACUGUAAAUCAUAUCAUGAUCACCACAGGGCAGUAAGUCAUGAGCUGAGCAGCUAUAUGUUGUAAAAGGUCAUAAAGACCACUUUUUGGGAAGUGACCAUCUGUUUUAUUGCACCCCAAUUGAUUUACCCUUCUGCUCAGGAAGUUCUUUGAAGUUGAUCAAAAGCUUAUGUGUUUGGUCAACUGCUCAAAGGCAUGUUUUAGAUGGUAUAAAAAGGGGGUCCUCCAGUUGCUCAUUGGGCAAGCCUCAUACUGCUAACUGCCAUGUGGCUGUGUGGGUUUGCUCCCUCUGUGCAGAGUGAAUUAAAUUCUUGAUGCAUGUAUCUUACCAGUCUUGUUUUUUGACUCUCUAUAGGUAAUCGAGAAAUUUCAUUAACACAGCGUAACACUGGGAUAUUAACAGGGCUUAGUUGGGCUGGGCAACAAAGCCAAAUUUAGGUUAAAUUGCAGUAUGGUAUGCUGCAGUUUUCAAGAAGAUGGAAUAUUUCUUGAAUCUGAAACGUGCUUAAAAAUACCAGUUUAGAACUUAUUUGCGGCAGAGAUUUAGCCCUACAUGUGCAAUUAUUUGAGUGUCAUGUUUUUUUUUUUUUUUUUUUUAAAUAUUUUAUAAAUAAUCCUGAUUUCCUCAUUUUUGUAUGUUUUUCUCAAUCAAAUGAGAGUGACAAAAAUGAUCAUUCCCUUCAAUACAACAGUUCAUACUGAAUUUGCAGUGUUAGUCAGAAAAAAUCACAAAUGUUUUUCUUCAGAUCUGUUCAACCUUAGUUUAAUAUUAUGUUGGUUACAGCAUAAAAUGAUUAACUGCUUGUGCUCGUUGAUGAGGAACUUAAAACAUAAUCACAUCUUAAACAUUUGGGGGGGGGGAAUCACAAUAAGAUUUAUUUCCCAAAUCGUUCAGCCCUAGUUCUUAGCCUCCUCCACUCUUUGACUACACAUGAAAUCACAUGCAGACGAGAAGCCAUGUAGGUGCAGAUUUUUUAGAGAAAGGUUUGCUCAAGUUAUAAUGACAUUGCAUUAAUUUAACCAAAAACAGUUUCCCAUUUAGAGAGGGUUCAAGUUGUCGUAGUUUAAACACAAGUUCCUUUUCAAGUGUGCGAUUAAGCUUCUGUGAUAGCUGAGGUCAGUGGCUUUCUUUCUGGGUUGUCAGUCUUUCUGAACAAUUGUUGUGAACAUGAUAGAUCAGGAAUUUUCAUUGAUCUAUGCUUGUAUGUCCAGUCAGUGACCACGUUGUUUUACUAAAACAGUUGGACUGAAAGUGUCUGUAUGUGUUUGCCUAAAACUGUUGA